AGAGAGCCAUCUAACAUCUACCUUUCAUAUUUACUGCUCCCAAGUAGACUAGUAGUGGAGCACAAAUAGCAGAGGCCGUUUGCAGCUUUCAUGGCAGCCAAGGAAAGCAACACAAGCAUCACCAAUGAUGAUCAUCAUCAUCAUCAUAACCAUCAUCAUCAUAAUCAUCAUCAUCAGCAGCAGCAGCUGCAGCAAGGCUGUGAACCUUGCAGAUCGUUCGGUCAGAAAUGCAGCCAUCUGGUGAAGAAGCAGAGAGCCAAAUUCUACAUUCUCCGCCGCUGUAUAGCCAUGCUUGUCUGUUCGCAUGAACGUGGCGAGCCCUGAUCACAUCAUCACCUUCUCCAUUCUCUCUCUCUCUCUCUCUCUCUCUCUCUCUUUUAGUUUUUGUUUUUUGUUUUUUUGUUUUUGUUUUGCACUUUUGCUGUAUCUAUCUAUUUCAAUAUAUAUUAUAUAGAAUUGUAACUACAUAUAUAAGGACUUGUUUGAAUAUUGUUAGAAUUUGUAGCCUUUCUCCAUCCAUAUAAAAAUUAUUUAAUUUUCCAUAUUAUUUACC